UGGGUAUGAAACCCAAGACGGCAGUUCAGUUCGAGUAUUGCUUGCGUUCGUACGACAGUUCUUGUGCAGUGCUCUCACACGCGCGUUACCGAUCGAAGUGAUUUGAGUGUGAACAUUAUAUAUGACAUUCGAAAAGGAUUCUUAAGGCGGUCGCUCCACUCAAAUUGCAAUACCGUUAAAAUGAUUAUUCGGUGGGAAUUAAGUUUAGGACUUCUACUCGUGCUGAUUUCUAUAGCCAUUUCCAAGAAAGAGUCUUCCGAUGCCAAAUGCCCCAUGUUGACAGAGUGCCCCUUCCGAGCCCAACAAUGCUCUGAAGACGACGACUGUUCAGUAGACAGCAUUUGUUGCAAGAGCCCGUGCGGCAAAGUCUGCACCAAACAGCUUUUUACAGGAUGUCAGACUCUUCGUCAGGCUGCUUCGAGGCGUGCCAAAGCCCUAGGAGUUGAUACGAAAACUGUAAGAAUGCCCAGAUGCAGCAAAUCGGGGGGUUUUGAACAAAUACAAUGCGACAAUGAAAUCGUCAGUUCUUGCUGGUGUGUUGAUGACGCGGGAUUCGAGAUGCCAGGGACGAGAGCUCCGGCUGCAGCUUUAGUUAAUUGCACAGUUCCUAAACCGUGUGCAGACCACACCUGCAGAAUGUUCUGUCCGCACGGAUUCGCCCUCGACAACAACGGAUGCCCCCUUUGUCGCUGCCGCGACCCCUGCGACGGCGUUAGGUGUCCAAAUUCUCUCGAGUGUCACUUGGAAGAUCUGGCUUGUGCGGACCCACCUUGCCCCCCCGUCCCGACAUGUAAACGAGGCAGAAGCUUAGAAAAUAUUUGCCCGGUAGGUGAUCCGUUAAGAAUAAGCGAUACCGUGAGGCCAUUCUUGUGUGGGAAUGACCCGGGAAAACCGAACUGUCCUCCUAUGUACCAGUGUUUGGUGCAGAAAGGAAACGACUACGGUGUUUGCUGCCCUGCAUCUCUAAAAAUCCAAAAAACUGGAUCGUGCCCUUCGCAAAUGCCCGAAAACUCCGCCUGUGGUCCUAUGUGUACCCACGAUCUCGAAUGUCCUUCAAUUCAGAAAUGUUGUCAAACCGAACAAUGCGGCUCAUCUUGUUCGCAUCCAAAGAAUGUAACAGAAUGCAUUCACCAACGUGCCUUAUCUGAAAUCUUGACUAUAAACGAGAGGGCUGGCAGAGGUUACGUCCCACAGUGUUCCUCAGACGGUCAAUUUGAACCAAAACAAUGCAGCCGCAACGGACUCGUUUGCUGGUGUGUGGACAGAAUGGGCCGAAAAAUCCGAGGGUCCAUGGGACCUGCCGAGAGCGCAAAUUGCUCCAGCAGCGACGUUCGGAUUCAGUCAUCUGCACGUAGUCUUGAUAAGCACGGUAAACAAUGUGAGUUCUUGGAGUGCGCAGCCGUUUGCGAGUAUGGGUUUAAACUGGACGAAGACGGCUGCCCGACUUGUAAAUGCGACGAUCCUUGCGAUGGCUACAUGUGUCCAGAAGACGAAGAAUGUAUAAAUGUUAAAGAAGCGUCUUGUUCUGACUUUUUAUGUCCUUCUCUUCCAGUUUGUCGCCCCAAAGCCAUAUAUGCAAAUCCAUGUGACCAAGGAGCACCAUUAACAGAUGAUAUAAGUGGUGCACCUGUGGCAUGUGCUCUUAGAUCUGAAGAUGGAACUUUAUGUCCUUCGUCGUAUGACUGUACUGCGGUUCCUGGAUCAACUCAAGCAGUUUGUUGUUUGAAGGUGGAAGAGGAAUCAGAAACCGAAAAUUACAACCUAACGGAGACCAGACCACAAACGAUGUGCGAAUAUUUGCAUGACUUUUCUGAAAGUAUGGAAGGUACUCGAGAAGGGAUGAACUUGGCUCUUCCAAGUCCAGCGUGCGAUUCAGAAGGCAACUAUUUGGCCACACAAUGUCACAACUCUGAAUGUUGGUGCGUCGAUCAUUUCGGUACCGAGAUCCCAAGAACCCGCGGCAAACGUAACGCAAGCAAAGACUGUAAAGAACUAAGAGAAACCAUGGACUGCUUAGACCUAACGUGUCGCAUGGGUUGCGAAUACGGUUUUGUAUUAUCCGAAGAAACAGGUUGCCCUCAGUGCCAGUGCCGAGAUCCUUGCAGUAGCAUUACGUGUGCAGAAGACGAACAAUGUCAGCUUGUCGAAGUAAGCUGCAAAGAUCACUAUUGUCCUCCAGUACCAGCAUGCCUUCCAAAGAAAGUUGGUCAAUGUCCUUACUUAGUACCUGCUACUUCGACAUCGUGUGACUUCGAAUGCAACUCUGAUAUGGCUUGCAACGGAACCAUGAGGUGUUGUUCGAAUGGUUGCGGAACACAAUGUGUAGAACCCCUAAUGAUGACAGCCUGUCAACACCAAAACGCUCUAUCGCAACACCAAGCACACGAAUCUGGCGUACCAGCUGGAAAAGUUUAUAUUCCCCAGUGUAGAGAAGACGGUGACUACGAACCCAAGCAGUGUCACCCCGGUACCAGAGAAUGUUGGUGCGUGGAUCUUAGAGGUUUCGAAAUUUCCCAAACAAGAACCACAGACACUUCAAUCUUAUGUGAAACACCACCGCAGUCAAACUGUCCGCUUUCCAAGUGUGAGACAGACUGCGAACAUGGUUUCGAAUUUGAUGAAAAUGGGUGCAGAACUUGCGACUGUAUCAACCCCUGCAAUAAGGUUUCAUGUAGAGGCGAGGGAGAAAUAUGUAGGUUGGUUGCCGUGGAAUGCAUUAGCUGGCCUUGCCCUCCGGUACCAAUGUGUUUGCCGAAAAAAGAAAAUCCCUGUCAGAACGGAGAACCUUUAAAACUUGGUAACACCGAAGAACUUGUCAUUUGUGGUCCUGACUAUGAAAGUUGUCCAUCUUCGCAUAAAUGUCAAUUGAGCCCAGUCGGAGAGUAUGCAGUUUGUUGUCCAAAACCAAGGGAUGUAUGUUUUGAACCUUUGGAUAGAGGUGCUUGCGACGAAAACGAUUAUUCGAGAAAUCUUACCAGAUACUAUUUUAAUUCUCGUAUUAACAAAUGCGAGAUAUUCACGUACAGUGGGUGUAACGGAAAUCACAACAACUUCCACUCUGAAGACAUGUGCAAUUUAGUCUGUCCAGUUUUAAGUCAAUGUGAACGCUUGAGGGAGAAAAAUCAACGUGCAGCCGAACGUUACAACAAACCUACUUUUAUGCCACGUUGCGAGCCAAACUCAGGAGCGUGGCAAGCAGUACAAUGUUUGGAACAUGUGGGAGUAUGCUGGUGUGUUACUCCUCAAGGGGAACCAUUGAAAGGUACUCUUACUCGUGGAGCUGAACCCCAAUGUAAUUUCCGACAAGCCAGAAAUCGAGCCAGUGACAGAUCAGAUUUUGUUAGUGAUGCCGAUUUAGUUCUAGAAGAGCUGAUGAUGCAAAUUGGUUCCUUUGACGGUGAAGAAGAACCAUCAGAUUUAGACGAACUCGGAAGCGAUAAUGUUGAGGUUUCUGCGUCAACGCGUUGUGAAGCUUUAGGAGGGCAGUGUGACGAAAACGGUAAAUUUUUACCAACGCAGUGUGAAGAAGAUACCUGUUGGUGUGUAGACGAAGCUGGUAAUCAGCUACUUCACACUAAUACCUUCAAGAAAGGAGAAAUCUCAUGCAUGAAAGUUCCUGUUGAAAGUGUGGAAGUUACCUUAGGCUUUCGUGGCGAAUACGACGAUGUUUCAGCGGUACCAGUAGUCAACCAGAUUACUAAAAUUGUCAAGAAUAUGAACGGGAUAAUCAGCAGUCAAGGAUUUAAAACAGAAAGCAGUUCGGAUGCUUUAUAUAUUAAAUUUUCGUUAAUCGGUAGCAACAAAGUUGACGUUGCUUACCAGCUGGAACAAAUGGUUAUGCAGCAACAAUUACCCGGUCUCACAGCCGAUAUUACCAGAUCUAGAAUUACGCAUAAACUUUUGGCUCAAGAAUCGACUUUGACUGAUCAAAUUGUAGCACUGGAACAUAGAGAAAUUGUGUCCCAGUCUCCGGUCUCUGUAGUGGCUCCCUAUCACACUGCGUUAAUAGUAAUCGCUGCAGCGUCAGCCUUUGUUAUUUGUGUUUUGCUUCUUUUGGUUAUUUUGUACAGGCGAAAAAUGAAUAGCUUGAACAACAACAAAGUUAUCGAAGACAACAGAUUUCUGUCAAACAGCAGACCAAUUUACAUCGAACUUCCUAACGAGAAAAUGAAUACGAUACAUUCUGAAUCAAAAAUGACCGGAAACACAUAGUUUGUAUAUUAGUAUGCCAUUUGAAUAAAACUCUUAAGUGUUCGCAGAUUCGUACACAUACAUUUUGUGAUUAUUUUGUAUUUUUUAGUAUUAAAGGUUACUUUAAUAUGUCUUGCUAUUA